AUGGUUGCGCCAAGUGGGUUGCGCGCGGUUGCAGUUGGAGCGCCCAGCAAUUUCCGGGUGUUUCCGGAAGCGGAUGGCGGACAUGCUGUUGUCGGUGGGCGCCUUGGCGUGCACGUACCUGAGAAGGACGUGGAGAGGCGCCUGCCUUCCGAUGACGUGAUGAAAUACUAUGCAGACGUCGGAGUCACCAUCGUGAACAUGUCAACGGAGGCGCCUCUCCACGUCCUGGUUUUCAGUUACGUGCACGCCAAGGCGCCCACCGAUAACAGCAUGUCCGCCAUCCGCUUCCGGAAACACCCGGAAAUUGCUGGGCGUUCCAGCUGCAACCGCGCGUAA